AAAUCACAAGUAAUAUUAGCCAUUGUUGAUGCAUGUCUCGUUCAUAGUUUGCAGCUGAAAUUGCAGACUAUAUGUAUCUGGAGAUAUGCUAUAUUGCUAUAUAAUUGACAGGCACUUCUGGAAGGUAGUGGUGGGCUAGCGAUGGAUCUUAGUGGAUUCAAGCUUUUUUAGAAUCUGUAGCUCUUUAUAUUGAAAUCUCUUUAGCACUUGGUGAACUCAAGAACUAGUACUGCCUGGCUGAAACUCAAGCUUGAAGUUGACAUGGCAAGAACAACUCUUCCGGCUGUUCUCAAGGUCCUCAUGGCUUUGAUAUUUGCUGCUUGGGUUUCCCUUUGGCUUAUCAAGCCAACUCAGUUUUGGACAAGAGAAUGGAAAGCAGCUGAAGAUUUAGCAAGGCCUACUUUGUUUGGAUAUUAUGGUCUUAAUUUUGCUGUGUAUAUAUUCCCUCUUUUUGCUCUGGCUAUUCUUGGUUCUAUAUACUUGAAUUUGAAGCCCAGGGAGCCAAUUAGGAGGUAAAAAGGGAGGAGAGUUUUUGCUGGUUUCUCAAAUCCAUUGGUGGUGAACAGUCUUCUGGGAAUUUUAUCUAGUAUUGAAAUUGUUGCUGUCUUCCUCUUCAUGCUCUUCUUAGCUUGGACUUUCUAUGUCCGAAUUUCAAGUGAUUUCAAGAAAUUAAAGCCUGACAAAGCACUUAAACUGAAUCUAUGGCAACUCAAGUACCUAAGGGUGGCAACUCGGUUCGGUUUGUUAGCAGAAGCCUGCCUGGCUUUUCUUCUUCUCCCUGUACUAAGAGGUUUAGCCGUAUUUCGGAUACUUGGCAUUCAGUUUGAAGCUUCAAUAAGAUAUCAUAUCUGGCUUGGGACUACAAUGCUAUUUUGUGCUACUUUCCAUGGUGUAAGCACCUUGUUCAUUUGGGGGGUCAGCCAUUAUAUUCAAGAUGAGAUGUGGAAAUGGCAGAAUACUGGGCGAAUAUACCUUGCUGGGGAAAUCUGUCUGCUUACAGGGUUAGUGAUUUGGAUCACAGCACUGCCUCAAAUAAGGAGAAGACAAUUUGAGAUAUUUUACUACACACACCAUCUCUACAUGGUUUUCCUAUUGUUCUUCUUGUUUCAUGCCGGAGAUCGGCACUUCUACACCGUCUUCCCUGGAAUAUUUCUGUUUGGACUAGACAAGCUACUUAGGAUCAUACAGUCUAGACCAGAAACUUGCAUUCUAUCAGCAAGAGUCUUCCCCUCUAAAGCUAUAGAGCUUAUACUACCAAAAGAUCCAGGACUCAAGUAUACGCCCACAAGUGUCCUAUUUCUGAAGGUACCAAGUAUAUCUAAAUAUCAGUGGCACUCAUUCAGCAUCAUAUCCAGUUCUAGUGUUGAUGCCAAUUCAAUGUCUAUCCUGAUUAAAUCCGAAGGAUCCUGGACAAGUUCUCUCUUGAAUUUGAUACAAACCGAGCAGAAGUCAGAUGCUGAUCACAUGAAAUGCAUACCUGUUGCAGCAGAAGGUCCUUAUGGACCUGCCUCAAUGGACUUCCUAAGGUAUGACAGUCUACUUCUUGUUGCUGGAGGAAUUGGGAUAACCCCAUUUCUGAGCAUCUUACAGGAACUUGUUGCAGCACAAAAUAGCGGCCGAUACAAAUUCCUACCUAAAAUACAACUUAUAUUUGCUGUCAAGAAGGUCCAAGAUAUAUGUCUAUUGAACUCAAUUUCACCUCUAAUCUUCAACCAGCCAGUUGAAAAGUGCCAUCUGAAAGUGAAGGUAUAUGUGACUCAAGAAGAGCAAUCUGGUGUCACAGUAAGAGAAGCACUACUAUAUGAGUCUUCUCGAGUGCAAACAGUAAACUUUGACAUCAAAUCUUCGAAUCAUGCAAUAACUGGACUCGAAAGUCCACUCUGGAUGGCUGCCGUAGCUGGAAUUUCCUGUAUCCUGUUUCUCAUUUUUCUCAUCAUUUUCAACCACAUUUUCAUUCCCUCCCAGGAAAAGGCUACCAAAGGAAAGACUCCUUCUUUGGUUGUAGAUCUGCUCAUCAUAUGUUCUUUCAUCGCAGUGCUCAUCUGCAUCAUCUUUGUACCACUUUUUAUAAGAUGGAGAAGACUAAAGAAACAGAACCCUCCAGUAUUCCCAAAACAAGGCAAAGUAUUGGAAAUAAGUCCAGCAGAAGCAAGGGAUACACUUGAGGAACAUGAAAUCCAUUUUGGAAGAAGGCCUAAUUUUGAAGAGAUCUUUGCAAAAUUUCCAAAUGAGAUUGGUGGAUCUGAUAUUGGAGUCUUGGUCUGUGGACCUGAAGCUAUGAAAGAAUCAGUGGCAUCAAUAUGCCAGCAUAAGUGUGGAGGUUUAAAAGCGCAGAAAGCCAAUUUCAGUUUUCACUCUCUCAGUUUUGCACUCUAGUCACAGACUUCCACCAGAAAUUAUCAGAUUCCCAUAACCAAAGUUCAGAAGAUAGUUAGAUUUGCAUCCAUAAGUAUAUAUUGAAAAUCUGAAAUAGUUGUGUGUCUGCUGAUUGGUCACUUAUGAUUGCUUCUUAGGCAAAUACAUCAUGUCUUUUGUAGUAUAUAUCUGAUUUCAAAUCAGUGUGCUUCUGUCAUACAUAUCUUUAAGG